ACUGUCACCGGCCAGAGAGGGUUUGAAGGGCAGUCUGGGAAGGGGGUGUUUUUUCCUUCUCCUUCUUCUCUGUGCUGCUCGCUCCGCCGUCGGGUGCCCGCUGGUAAAGAUGAGGCCUCGACGUACGAAGGGAGCAGCUGCUACCCGGCAUCGGAGUGUGGGGCGCGCCCCUUCGGCCCAGCCUACCCAGCACCCGGCCUGUGCCUCCAUGGGCUCGACCCGGAAGCCCAAUGUGUGCCACCGGCUGAGUCGUCGGGCACUGGGCUGCUUCUCCCGCGACGCAGGCGUGGUGCAGAGGACGAACUUAAGCAUCCUGCGGGCGUUGGUGUGCCAGGAAAGUACUAAAUUUAAGAAUGUUUGGACAACUCAUUCCAAGUCACCUAUAACCUAUGAAAGAGGAAGAAUAUAUUUUGACAAUUAUCGGUAUUGUGUCAGCAGUGUUGCAUCAGAGCCAAGAAAGCUUUAUGAAAUGCCAAAAUGUUCCAAGUCAGAAAAAAUAGAGGAUGCUUUAUUGUGGGAAUGCCCAGUGGGGGACAUACUUCCCAAUCUGUCAGAUUAUAAGUCUUCACUCAUAGCACUGACUGCUCAUAAUUGGCUACUUUGUAUAUCUGCAACUACAGGAAAAAUCCUUGAGAAAAUAUAUCUUGCUUCUUAUUGCAAAUUCAGAUACCUGAGCUGGGACACUCCUCAAGAAGUCAUUGCAGUCAAAUCAGCUCUGAACAAAGGCUCAGCAGUGGCCCGGCAGGCAGGCGUUCAACAACCUGUUUUGCUGUAUCUUGCAGUGUUUCGAGUUCUACCUUUUUCCCUUGUAGGGAUUCUGGAAAUCAACAAAAAGAUUUUCGGGAAUGUAACCGAUGCUACCUUGUCUCAUGGAAUACUAAUUGUGAUGUACAGCUCGGGACUGGUCAGACUCUAUAGUUUCCAAGCCAUCACUGAACAGUUCAUGCAACAGAAACUUGACUUAGGGUGUGCAUGCAGAUGGGGUGGGACUACUGGAACUGUAGGAGAGGCUCCUUUUGGCAUUCCUUGUAAUAUUAAAAUCACAGACCCACCACCACUGCUGUUUGAGGUGUCAUCACUGGAGAAUGCUUUUCAGAUUGGAGGCCAUCCUUGGCACUAUAUCAUCACACCCAAUAAGAAGAAACAAAGAGGAGUUUUCCAUAUUUGUGCCCUAAAAGACAAUUCUUUGGCAAAAAAUGGGAUCCAAGAAAUGGAGUGUUGUUCUUUAGAAUCUGACUGGAUCUAUUUCCAUCCUGAUGCUUCUGGUAGAAUAAUACAUGUUGGCCCAAAUCAAGUCAAAGUUUUAAAGCUAACUGAAAUAGAAAAUAAUAGUUCUCAGCAUCAGAUCUCUGAAGAUUUUGUCAUUUUGGCCAACAGGGAGAAAAACAAAAAUGAAAACUUAAUCACUGUUACAGCUUCCGGACGAGUGGUAAAAAAAAGUUUUCACCUUCUGGAUGACGACCCAGAACAGGAGACUUUUAAAAUUGUGGAUUAUGAAGAUGAGUUGGAUUUGCUUUCUGUGGUAGCUGUUACUCAGAUAGAUGCUGAAGGAAAAGCUCACCUGGACUUUCACUGUAAUGAAUAUGGAACUUUACUUAAAAGCAUUCCACUAGUAGAGUCAUGGGAUGUGACAUAUAGCCAUGAAGUCUACUUUGACAGAGACUUGGUGCUGCACAUAGAACAGAAACCCAACAGGGUCUUCAGCUGCUAUGUUUACCAGAUGGUAUGUGACACUGGGGAAGAAGAAGAAACCAUAGACAGAAAUUGUUAAAAAGAGUGAGAUAACUGUAACUUAAGAGACUUUUAGCCAAAUGCCCUAACAACUGUGUCCAGUCCUUCUUUGUGUUGUCUGCAUGGCGUAUUUGCCAGUAUUUUCCAGAAAAGGUCUUAUGUUGACUUCAGAUGACUGUAACUUCUUUAAGCUCUUGCUGUAGAAGGUUAUGAGGACUUCAUUUUAUGUAAAGGUUUUUUUAGAAUGCUGGCCCAUGAAGUCUAGUGUUUUGGAGCUUUGAGCUAGGUCAUAAGGUAAAUAUUUGCUGGGUAACAGAAAAGGAAAGGUUAAUUCCAAUUGUUGAAGAGAGAGUCAAUGAUGGGAAGGUGGAAUUUUAAUUGAUAAGGCUAGAAGAAACAAAAAUAAAGAUAGGAAAGCUACAGAAAGAAAUCCCAAAUCCUCUAUACCAAACGUUGCUUAAGGAUGAGAAAUGAAAUACAUAAUGUGAAAGCAUACUUUUGAGCCAAAAUAUAUAAUCACAGUUUUAUUUAAAAAAAUAAACUUAUAUGUGCUUAAAAACAUAACUUAUAAACUUAGGAUUCCAAGGAAACCGUAAAUGAAACUUUUUUAGAUAUGUAUCCUAUUUAACUCUUAGUAUGUCUAAGGAUGUUUUCUCAUCAUUCCAUUUAUUAAGUCAAUCUGCCAAAUUUUUUAAGCAAUAUUUUCAUACCUAUGCAGUAAGAUAAAGGUACCCUUGCCUGCACCAGUUCUGUUCCCUGAAGAAGACUAGAUGAAGUCCCAGGAGGAGUUCUUACUAGUUUGGGAGUUACCUGAUUAGCCAAAAGAAAAAUUUGGGCUAUCUUAGUUAUGAAAUGAAUAUUUUUCUUUUUUGUUAGAAAAGAUCUUAAUAUGUAUAUGGUCCUUGAACUUCAAUAAUCAUUCUUCAGACUGUUAAAUAAAGGCUACCUAAGUAAUGGGAUAAAGUGUUUUUUUGUGCUUCUU